AUGGCGCAAACUAUUGAUUGUGAUAAAAUUAAAGAAUUAUCUGCAAAAUAUCCAAAACUCAAAGAAAUCAAUUAUACUUAUGGAACUGCUGGAUUUCGGAUGAAAGCCGAUUAUUUGGAAUCGGUGAUUUUCCGAGUAGGAAUUUUAGCGGGCUUACGUUCCAGAAAAUUAGAUUCCAAAGUUAUCGGUAUAAUGGUCACGGCAUCUCAUAAUCCUGAAGCAGAUAAUGGUGUUAAACUUGUGGAUCCAAGUGGAGAAAUGUUGGAACAACAGUGGGAAAGUUAUGCUACUCAAUUAGCGAAUGCUCAAAGUGAUGAUGAAUUGAUCAAUGUUAUCAAAUCUGUUGUUUCGCAAAAUGGGAUUGAUGAAUCAAAAAAGGCUUCCGUCGUUUAUGCAAGAGAUACCAGGCCAAGUGGACCAAAAUUAAUAGCAGCACUUGAAGACGGAAUUAAAGCAAUUAGUGCCGUGGGAGUAAAUUUGGGCAUUAAAACUACACCACAACUUCAUUACUUUACAUAUUAUUUAAAUUAUUGUGAAAAACCAACAGAAGGCAGUUAUGAUGAGCUUGCAGAUAAAGUUUAUUACGAAAAAUUCUCAAAAGCUUUUCAUAAAGCUGUGGGAGACAAUCAACGUCUUUCCAACAUCUAUGUAGAUGCAGCGAAUGGAGUUGGUGCACCCAAACUUAGAGAUCUCUUAGAGUGGAUUGAUAAGCUUAAUGAUAAUAUUUUUAAAGUUACAAUCAUUAAUGAUGAUAUUAAUACUCGAGGAAAGCUAAACUUUCAAUGUGGUGCCGAUUAUGUAAAGACGGGACAAAAACUUCCACUUGCAUUAAAUCUUACCUGUGAACAACGCGCUGCUUCCUUGGAUGGUGACGCAGACCGUAUCGUUUUUUAUUAUGUUGAAGAAGAUGGUACAUUUAGAUUAUUAGAUGGAGACAAGAUUGCAGCAUUGUCUGCCGGAUUUAUUAUCGAACUUGUUAAGACCGCCUGUCUAGAUAUCAGUGUGGGUGUAGUUCAAACUGCCUAUGCAAAUGGAAGUUCUACUGCUUACUUAGAGAGAGAGUUGGUAUUUCCUGUUUCUUGCGUGCCCACGGGUGUUAAGCAUCUUCAUCAUAAAGCUCAAGAAUAUGAUAUUGGUGUUUAUUUUGAAGCAAAUGGGCAUGGAACGGUUUUAUUUAGUUCCAAUGCAUUGAAUAAAAUUAAUUCAGAUGGAAGUCGAACUACAGAACAAGAAAAGGCUAUUAAAAAGUUACAAGCAUUAACUGAAUUAAUUAAUCAAACAGUUGGAGAUGCAUUAUCAGAUUUAUUAUUGGUAGAAUCAAUUUUAAUUAAUCGACAAUGGACAUUUAAAAAAUGGAAUUCAGUUUAUACUGAUAAGCCAAAUCGCCUGGUAAAAGUUGUGGUCGAAAAUAGAAAUAUCUUUAAAACCACUAAUGCUGAACGAACACUUGUCGAGCCUAAAGGACUUCAAGAAAAAAUCGAUAAAUUGGUUGCACAAUAUAAGGAUGGUCGGUCUUUUGUUAGGCCGUCUGGAACUGAAGAUGUAGUACGUGUUUAUGCUGAAGCAUCUACACGUGAAGAUUGUGAUGCGCUAGCAUUUAAAGUUGCUGGACUUGUUUAUGACGAAGCUGGUGGUACUGGAGGACGACCUUCCGAGUUUUUGUAA